GGAGGGGGUGUCCACUCCCCCUUCUUCUACGAGGAGAGGAGCUUGUGGAGCAGCUUGUGAGGUUUAACAUCUGAACUCUCAGAGAAGAGUAUGAAUGUUUCUGAGGCUUGGCUGCCCAGUGGUUCCUCACUAGCAUCUCAAGUUCACGCCGCUGCUGUUAAUGGACAUAAGAGUGCUCUUCUAAAACAGAUAGCAGGUAAUCCUGAUCUGAAGGACAAAGAGGACCAGUUUGGGAGAACUCCACUAAUGUACUGUGUGUUGGCGGAUAGGCUAGACUGUGCUGAGGCUUUGUUGAAGACAGGAAUAGAUGUAAAUAAAGUCGACCUUAACCAGAGAACAGCUCUCCAUCUUGCUGCACAAAAGGGAAAUUAUCGGUUUAUGAAACUUUUACUUGCUCGUAGAGCAAACUGGAUGAAGAAGGAUUUGGAAGAAAUCACUCCGUUACACUUAGCUACACGGCACAAGAGUCCUAAGUGCUUGGCUUUGUUGCUUAAAUACAUGGCACCAGGAGAAGUAGAUACACAAGACAAAAACAAGCAAACUGCUCUUCACUGGAGUGCCUAUUACAAUAAUCCAGAGCAUGUGAAACUUCUGAUCAAACAUGAUUCUAAUAUUGGAAUCCCGGAUAUUGAAGGCAAAAUUCCACUUCAUUGGGCUGCUAACCACAAGGAUGCCAGUGCAGUUCAUACUGUUAAGUGCAUUUUGGACGCUGCUCCAACUGAAUCUCUGCUGAACUGGCAAGACUAUGAAGGACGAACUCCCCUUCACUUUGCAGUUGCUGAUGGGAAUGUAGCUGUUGCUGAUCUGUUGACCUCCUAUGAAGGUUGCAAUGUCACCUCCUACGAUAAUUUAUUUCGAACUCCCUUGCACUGGGCAGCUUUACUGGGUCAUGCGCAGAUUGUCCACCUUCUUUUAGAAAGAAACAAGUUUGGGACCAUCCCAUCUGACAGUCAAGGGGCAACACCUUUACACUAUGCAGCACAGAGUAACUUUGCUGAAACCGUGGAAGCAUUUUUGAAGCAUCCUUCUGUGAAAGAUGAUUCAGAUCUUGAGGGAAGAACAUCUUUUAUGUGGGCUGCUGGGAAAGGCAGCAACGAUGUCAUCCAGACAAUGCUGAAUUUAAAAUUGGACAUUGAUAUCAACAUGGCAGACAAAUAUGGUGGCACAGCAUUGCAUGCUGCUGCCCUUUCUGGCCAUGUCAGCACCGUGCAAUUGCUGCUAAAACACGAUUCCCAGGUAGAUGCUGCUGACGUCAUGAAGCACACUCCCCUAUUCCGCGCCUGUGAGAUGGGACAUAAAGAAGUGAUACAGACUCUUAUUAAAGGAGGAGCAAGAGUUGAUUUGGUUGACCAAGAUGGCCACUCUCCCUUGCACUGGGCAGCUCUGGGAGGAAACCCUGAUGUUUGCCAGAUAUUGAUAGAAAAUAAAAUAAAUCCAAAUGUACAGGAUUAUGCAGGUAGAACCCCAUUGCAGUGUGCUGCCUACGGAGGCUACAUUAAUUGCAUGGUGGUGCUGUUGGAGAAUAAUGCAGAUCCAAAUAUUCAAGAUAACGAGGGAAGGACAGCAUUACAUUGGUUGUGCAACAAUGGUUACCUUGAUGCUAUAAAGUUGUUGCUGGGAUUUGGUGCUUUUCCUAACCAUAUGGAGAACAACGAAGAAAGGUACACGCCACUUGAUUACGCCUUGCUGGGAGCUCACCAUGAAGUAAUUCAGUUCAUGCUGGAGCACAGUGCGCUAUCCAUAGCUGCCAUACAGGACAUUGCAGCUGUAAAAAUCCAGGCCGUCUAUAAAGGAUACAAAGUUAGGAAAGCUUUCCAAGACAGGAAAAAUCUUUUAAUGAAGCACGAACAGCUGAGGAAGGAUGCCGCUGCCAAGAAACGUGAGGAAGAAAACAGAAGGAAAGCCACAGAACUUCAGAAAGAAAUGCGGAACUCCAAGUCCAACAAGCGCCAGGAUCAGCAGCAGUUCACUUCUGAGACAGAGAAGAGUCCCUUGAGACUUCAGACUGCGCAAGGCUGCAUCCAGCCAGGGGAUGAUGCCCUUGGUAAAAGGCCUCCCUCUGGCAACCUGUGUCAAACCCAAACGGGAAAGUCAAGAGAAACUCAGCCACAGUCCUUGCCAAACAAAGUGACUGGCAGGAACAAAUGUCACUCUGAAGAGCUGUUUGGCGAAGAUCAAAAAAAGGAAAUGGAGGUAACCAGGGAAAACAGAAAAUGCAAGGCUGUCUGUGCCCCUUCCCGUUCCAGUAGAGAAAAUGAUGGGCAUCCAGUUGUAUCUGCUAGCUCAAGCAAGAAUGGUAAAAAGCACAAGGAGCCUGCUGUGAGAGCAAAUGCCACCAGGAAAAGGCAUGACUCUAGUGCUAAAGCUGCCCCUUCUGGGGAAAGAUCAGAAAAUCCAAGUCAGUCAUUAAACAACAGUAUAGACCAUGGUGAAGAAACAGGAGUUUGGGUUCAGAACAGUAAAUGCACUGAUGAAAGCACAAGGAAUUCAAGACACGCUGAGAUGGCCCUUAAAGGCACCCCACAGCAGCAGAAGGCAAAAAGCAAAGAUGAUGAGAAAUGGUCCCGAGCUGGGUUCAGCACACCUGGGAGUGCCAAAGUGAGAGGUGUGAAUAUCAGAAAGGACCUUUCAAGUGCUGCUGUUACACAAACUGGCAAGGUGGCAAAUAACAAAGUCUGUCCUUUGCUGGUCAAUGAUGCAAGGACUGCAAAGCUAACGCCCAGCAGACGGGCACUGGACAAUGGCCGUGCAGACAGUGCAAAAACCAGCAGGCAAGUUCUAACGGCACCCAGGAAUUCAGAACAUCAAUUGCACUUUCUUCAUUGCAAGAGCCCAGCUACCGAACCUGUCCCCUCAGAGGUCUUGAAGCAAGUAAUUGAGAAGGAAAGGGCAAGGAAGGAGCUCUUCCAGAAGAAGAACUGUGCUGCUGAAAUUAUUCAACGGGCUUGGAGAAGCUACCAGUUAAGGCGACAGUUUCUUCAGCUUUUUAGUGUCAAGCGGCUGUGCAAGGACAAUGAAGACAAGUGGCAACAAGAAACAGCUGCCUUUUGCAUUGAGGUUGUGUGGAGCAAGCAGCUGAACCAAACCCCUUUGAAAUCCAUUUCCUCCAGCAAAAACCUCAAGUCCACGAACAAAAGCAACUCAGGUUUAAACUCUACACAGAAGCCAUCCACCUUGAAGCAGAUAUAUGGUCGCUCUCAAGAGGGAAGAGUGCAUCAUCCAGUGAGACCUCCUUCUUCAAAAUACAAGCUUUCUGAACUACAGAUACUAUCAGAAAAUGGACUGCAGUACCUUUGCCUGCUGGAAAACAAAAGGAAAUUUAGACCAUUUUCAUCCAGUAUGAAACCUACAACAACAGUAAAAAUGAAGCAUACCAGAUCAAGGCAUGAAAGCAAGACUGACCUAUAGCAUAAGAGGAGAACCUAUCAAUUAUAUAUGGACAUAAUAAAAAUUACCUUUAAUAGUA